CUCCCAUCUCGCCUUCAUCUCGUCCAUCGCAUCCCAGCCGCCAUGAGCAACCCUGACGGCUCGGCCAUCCGCGGUCUCGGACUCGACCAGUUCCUGCUCUUUGGAGACUCGAUCACCCAGUGGAACUAUGAUCCCUCGAACCACGGCUGGGUUGCCUCCUUGGCCCACAAAUACAUCCGUCUGGUCGAUAUCGUCAACCGCGGGUUCUCGGGCUACAACACCGAGUGGUGCCUCCCGAUACUGCCCUCGAUCCUCGAAACCACCCUCCCCAGCCAGGGCAGAAACAAGAUCCUGCUGGUUGUGCUAUUCCUCGGGGCCAACGAUGCAGCAUUCCCUGCCACCCACCGCCAGCAUGUGCCUCUCCAGCAAUACAGCGACAAUCUCACCAGCAUGAUCCGCAUCGUGCGGGCCCACCACCCCGAAGCCCGGAUUCUGCUGGUGACGCCCCCGCCUGUCUUUGCCGACGACUGGGAGGUCAACUGCGUCGCGAAGGGCCGCCCACUGGACCGCACUGCCGACAUAACCUUCAAAUACCACACAGCCAGUCUGCAGGUUGGCCAAGCGACGGGUGUGCCCACGCUGGACACUUGGAAGCUCUUCUUUGGCCCCGAAGGCCGGUACGACCCCGUCGUCGCCAAGUCGGUUUUGCACGAUGGGCUUCACUUCAAUGCCAAGGGCAACGACAUUUUUGCCGCGGGCAUCCAGGACCGCAUUGCGACGCUUUGGCCCGAGUUGACCCCAGAGCAGCUCUUCAAGGAUCUGCGUCUGCCAUGGCACGACCAGCUGGAUGUCGACGACCUUCCCGAGAGCCUGUUCCGUAACGAACGCAAAUGAAGGCCAUCCCACCGAUAAUCACUGCCGAUCGGAGGGGCAGCACGAGCGACGACGCUGUCGAGAGGAGAGAUCCGUUGACAGUGCCAGAUUCCACAAUGGCCGUAAACCACGUCGAAAAAAUCCGAUCCAAUAAAAAACGGGAAACCCUUGAUUUGACCAUUGAUCAAAAA